CUUCUCAGCACAACCUACUUCCUGUGGAGGCGGGGCAAGAUGGCGGCGCCUUUGAGGAUACAGAGCGACUGGGCACAAGCUCUCAGGAAGGAUGAAGGGGAGGCCUGGCUGAGCUGUCAUCCCCCAGGGAAACCAACUUUGUAUGGCAGCCUAACUUGUCAAGGAAUUGGUCUAGAUGGCAUCCCAGAGGUUAUAGCUUCGGAAGGAUUCAUUGUGAAUGAAAUAAACAAGAAAAGCAUUCAUAUUUUAUGUCCAAAGGAAAAUGCAUCUUCGAAGUUUUUGGCACCAUACACUACUUUUUCCAGAAUUCAUACAAAGAGUAUUACAUGCCUGGAUAUUUCCAGUGGAGGAGGCCUUGGUGUAUCUUCUAGUACUGAUGGAAGCAUGAAGAUCUGGCAGGCUUCCAAUGGAGAACUCAGAAGAGUAUUGGAAGGACAUGUGUUUGAUGUGAAUUGUUGCAGGUUUUUCCCAUCAGGCCUUGUGGUUCUGAGUGGGGGAAUGGAUGCCCAGCUGAAGAUCUGGUCAGCUGAAGAUGCUAACUGCGUGGUGAACUUCAAGGGUCACAAAGGAGGUAUCCUGGAUACAGCCAUUGUUGAUCGGGGGAGGAAUGUAGUAUCUGGUUCUCGAGAUGGAACAGCACGACUUUGGGAUUGUGGGCGCUCAGCCUGCCUGGGAGUGCUUGCAGACUGUGGCUCUUCCGUCAAUGGAGUGGCUGUAGGUGCUGCUGACAACUCCAUAAACCUCGGCUCACCCGAGCAUGUGCCCAGUGAACGGGAGGUUGGAACAGAGUCAAAAAUGCUGCUGUUGGCCCGGGAAGAUAAGACGCUUCAGUGCUUAGGACUACAGAGUAGACAGCCAGUGUUCCACUUUGUUGGCUCAGAUGCCUUCAACUGCUGCACUUUUCUUUCUGGCUUCUUGCUAUUGGCCGGGACACAGGAUGGAAACAUUUAUCAGCUGGAUGUGAGGAGUCCAAGGGUUCCAGUACAAGUCAUCCACAGAUCAGGAGCUCCAGUUCUGUCCUUGCUAAGUUUCAGAGAUGGAUUCAUUGCUAACCAAGGUGAUGGAAGCUGUUUCAUUGUCCAGCAAGACUUAGACUAUGUUAUUGAGCUCACUGGGGCGGACUGUGACCCUGUUUACAAGGUAGCCACAUGGGAGAAGCAAAUCUACACAUGCUGUCGAGAUGGUCUUGUACGACGCUAUCAGCUCUCAGAUCUCUGAUCCCUUGGAAAGAGGAGUCCCCAGAUAAUAAGAAAUAUGGACCCUGCUAGCCAGUGAACAGAUAUAUCAUCAGUCCUUCCUGAGGACCAUGGCCUUUUAUUGUCAUGGGCAUCUUUUGGAAGUCUCCAAAAGUCAGCUACAUGUGGACCUAUCAUUCCAUGACAAGACCUUCUCUGGACUAAGUAAGAAGAUUACUUGUGCUCACUGCAUUUGCCUCAACUUCUUUAAACUCAUUCCUGCAACACAAGGCAAGGAUAUGGAUGCUUGUAGUUUGAUCUCAUAUCAGUUGUGUUAAAUGUUUACAAGUGUCAGAGGACUAAAACCUGUUCUUCGAAGCAAAUAAAGAGAAUAUGUUUGGA